UGGCGGGAAUCGGCGCCGGGGAGGGUCGCAGGAUGGAAGUGCUGCCAGUGGAUUUGCCAAUGUGCUCUGGAUGCUCUCGCACCCAGCAAGAAAUAGCCAUAGAGAUUGAAAGGACACACAAUCUCACCCUCAGCAUGCAAAUUAGCUCAGGAAAACUGCUGUCAAACUAUGUGCAUCAUCAAGGGAUACCUUUUGGUGAGCCUGAUUUCAACCCACCCAUUCAGCCCUUUCCAGGACUCCCGUUGCCAACACUGUCUACCUCAGACUGGCUGGGUCUCACUGACAAGGAGCGGCUGCAGCAGAACACCUGUGCCUUCUCCAACCUGCCGGUGUACUUAGCCAGUGUGAAAUGCCAGCAAAUGGAUCUGAAUCCACUGGAAGAUGAAUUACACCGUCAGUUCGAUUCUUCACGUCUGCACUGUCUGGGCCUGGAGAAUAACCUUAAAUCCAUCAUGUCUUCCCUGGGCAUCGUGCCGGGUCCAGUUGUAUCUGCUCAGCCUCUGGAACCCGACAACACCUUCUUUAUGAAACUCACAGGUUACUACAUUUGCCAUCUCUUCCAAGACUGGGUCAACAGAUGUGAAAAGGACAUUGCCUUAUUAACUAAGAAAUAUCCCGUCUGAAAAAUGGUUCUCUUUCCACAUUGACCAGUGGCAGGGCUGGAAAUGUGGAGGGCGCACAAUAUCCCUCCCCAUAUUUCACUGAAGUAUGGCUCGGAUCAAUCCAUCCAUUUUCCUGAGUUCACACAAAAUAUCAGGUGUGAACACACAGCACCUUUAGCCACUUAGUCAGUUGCAAAUCCAAUGCUUACCAUUCGACAAUGUACUCAAACUUGCUUAGUUUUAACUAGUUCAUUUACAUCUUACCCUGUUGUGCAAAUUUGGCUUGCUUGGGUCAGCUUAUUACAUGUAUGUUCUGUCUGAGAAAAUGGGUUUAUUUAGUAACCAGGUUAAAAGGGGGUUCUAGCUUUUGAACCAUAAGUACAGUGCAUAGCUGUGUUUUGUCCAACUGUUAAUGUGUCUUAACAGCAAACCAGGCUGAAAGUUAAUAACCCCAAAAAAGCAUCUCUUCAAAUCAAUUAAGAAUAUAUAUAUUGAAUCAAUUACUGGCCAUUGAAUCAAUUACUGGCAAUCCUUGAUUUACAACCAUUUCAUUUAAUGACUAUUCAAAGUUAAAAUAGUCCUGAAAAAACGUGAUUUAUGGCUGGUCCUCGUUUUAUAAUUCUUGCAGCAUCCCUACAGUCAUGUGAUCAAAAUUCAGGAAUUUGGCAGGUGAUCAAAUGCAUUUAAUAACUGCCUUGCUUAACUGCAGAUAUUCUGGUCCCAGUAGUAGUCAUAAGUCAAGGACUACCUGCAUACAUCUUAGAGCUAUGUAAAAGCUCUGAAAUCACAAAUGAAUCUUGUGUGGUAGACAACUUAACUUCUCCCCACCUGGAACAUAUUAAUAAGCUAUCUCUUUUCCAUUUAAUGAGAACCCUAAAGAGAUGGCAUGGUGUGUUUUCAAAGCACGAGGUUUUCCAUUGCACCCUUCAUGGCUGUAAAACUGGCCAAUUUCUUUAAAUGAACUUCUUCAAAUUUUGGUUUUCUCUGGAACUAACCCGCCCAUAAUCCCAUAGGCAACAUGGAGAGGAUUGUAGGCUGGACAGCUGAUUCUAAGCACAUCUUUCUCCUUGGCAAGUCCAGGAAAGCAAAGAGAGAUGUGAUGGCCGUUUGGAAAGUGGAGUUGCAAACACGCAGCCCAAUAGUCACUUUGAUGCACAAUCCCUCCUGAAUGUGGAAAUGAGAAGUGCGACUGUGUGUUCGGUUUUAGGCUCCAAUGGGGAAAUACAGUUCAGUCGACUUUUAAAAUACAGAGCAAACCCAGCCUGCUAAAGUGACUUUUAGUAGUUUGCUUAAGUUUGGAUUUUCUGAAACGAGUCCAUUCUCCCCUCUGAAUUGGUGUUUUUCAUCGUCAAUCACUUAAAAAUAUGUGGACUUCAAUUCCCAGAAUUCCUCAGCCAGCAUAGGAAAUUUCCCAGCAUGCUGGCUGGGAAAUUCCAAGUCUUACCCACCUUAAAUUGGUUGAGGUUGAGAAAUGUUGCUCUAAAUAAUACUGAAUAUUAAGAAACUAGUCCUCAGCGUUGAAAUACGUGGACAGUUUAUUGUCCAUUCACUGAUAUUGUUUCUAACUCAAUAAACCAUCCUGUUUUAAUGAUGAGUUCUUACAUAGGGUUGUACCAUCUGUUGGGAGAUUUUUUUUUAAAAUGCUUUUUUGCAUUACUUUUAAUAUUUGCUAUGUUCUUUAUAAAUUCCUCCAAGGCUAUUAGCAUUGUGAAUUUUUGUCUUUUCUCUUUUCUAGCUAAAAUUCCAGUUGUGGAGUUUCUUUCCUCUAGGAUGUAUGUUCCUAGCUAAAGAAAUAUUUAUUUCUAUAUGGUUUUCUAAAUAUAUAUAU